AUGGCGCUGCAUGACCUGUCGCCAUACGCGACGGAUACGCCCAACUCCCGAUACACUGCCACCUCGUAUAUAGUUCAGAUUCGACCACGACCGCCCGUCCCUUCUCCCAACUUGACCCGUAUACCGGCCAAUCCUGAUCUCAGGGUCGACGAGAUAGGCUCGCCUACUCCUCAUACGCGUCCCUCCGAAGAGGAUAACUGGAUGGCUCACGCUAAGAACCCUAAUGAACGUCCCGAGUUGAACACAACGCCGGCACCUUCUCCUCGACGCCGACCUCUCCCUUCUGUGCCACGAAAUGUCUCAGUAGCCUCCAAUCUUUCAUCCUCGCACAAUCUAUCUACCACAGACCCUACGUCCCCGGAGCCGGAAGUGUUACCCAAGUAUCCCAGCUUACCACCAGCCUACUCUGCGCUUCCGCUUGAGAAGAAGGCAGAUUUAUACGACGCGCCUGUCCACUCCGCAUCUUCAGUGACCACUUCAUUCACGACUUCUCCUCCGACAUCGUCAGCUCUUUCCAUCUCUUCAUCCCCGCCAGCGCCACGAUCAUGGCCAACUAGCCCGGCUCGUAUGCCGGCGACCCCGCCACGUUCUGUUCCCGCCAGUCCUUCUCUAGUCCCGCCGUCUUUAACAGCACUUGCAAUACCGCCUAGUCCUUCACCGCGCGUGGUGUCUGGCGAGAGCUUGAGCGCGCUGUGGAGUGCUGAGGUGCAACCCAGCGCCGUCGACCCUCACAGACAGUCGUUCACGCAGGCCUUGAGCCGCACCGACCCAUCAUCAUCGACGCGACCCUCCGCUUCAGUCGUGGUAGCCCAUCAACCAAUGAGGAGUGUCACUACACCAAAUGUUCGCAGAUCAGAUACAGCGCAGAUGCCCACCAGUAGCGGCUCUGCACUCGGCCUGGAUGGUCACAUCAAGACGGCGCGCCGUAGUGCAUCUGCACAUCAUCUGAAGCAGCGUUCAAACGCGGAGAUGUACAACUUCCCUCGCGCAGGCAACAGCUUCCUAACACUUGUCUCUCCUGACUCGGCCGCACCCGUGGAACGCCCUCGGACACCAAGCUUGAAGCAAGACAUGGAACGUCUUACGCGCAAACGCGAGCGCGGUCGACCUCGGGCGAAUGUUGAUGUCGAGGUUUGGUUGAAACAGACCGCAGCCCAAAGCACUCGGCUUGUCGGCGAGCCGGCAACGCCACAUCCAGCGCGCUCACCGCCCGCUGCGCUGCCUGUGCCCAGGGAUCCGCCCCAUUCGCGAGAGCGGUCAGCGUCUCGCUCCGCGCACGGUCGCUCUGCGCACGGACCUUCAGCGUUUCGACCACCGCAGACACCUCUUCCCGCCGCACCAUCCGCGCAUAGUUCUCAGGCGGAACGUCCACACACGUCGCACCAGCGCGCACAUACUUUAGCGGAUGUUCCGCGCCAGCGCUUUCGCUCCGAGCCCGAUCUGCUCUCCACGAUGAAGCCGAAGCAUACCCGCUCGACAUCUGAGCGUUUGCUAAUGACCGAGCGGCCUCCGCUACCUUCGAGUCCUCCUCUGCGGAGGGAUUCUCUUGUACCUCCUUCUCGCCCGACGACGCCGAAACUAUUUCGUUCGUUGACGAGCAAGGCGAAGCAGGCAUUCUCGGGCCGUUCUCGAGUGAACUCGAAUGCCGAUGUUCCGCCCACACCGCCUCUACCCACUCACACGAUUUCCAUUUCAUGA